CGCUCUGUACGCUCCUUGGUCAGCGCACGUGUAUAAAUAUUGAAGAGUUGGUUUGCUGUUUAUUUCUCACAAAAUGGAUGUUGUAAAGGCAGUUUUGGAAAAACAUCAAAAGGAAUUAGACAAAUACAAACCAAUUACUGUGGAAAAGCAUUUAGAAUGCCGCAUCGAUGUAGGCACACUUCUCAUCACAGAUCCCAACGAUUUAGAUGACCGGCAGUUGGCCGACAACAAGGAAGAAUACCUGUCCGCGCUAACCCGUGAUAACACACAGCUACUGGUGAAUGCCAUUUGGGAGCUGCCAACCGAACGUGUUGAUGAGAGCAUUGUGGCAAAAUUACCUGAGCCAACGACCGUGUUGCCGCGCCUACGCAAACCUCCUGGUCCACGUCCUCUGACGAAGUGGGAGAAGUUCGCGAAGGAGAAGGGCAUCACAAAGAAAAAGAAGGAUAAGAAAACCUACGAUGAUGUCCUGGACAAAUGGGUACCCACAUACGGCUUUAAGCGUGCCGAGGCUGAAAAGGAUAAGGAGUGGGUGCUGGAAGUGCCCCAGAAUGCGGAUCCCAACACAGACAUGUUCCAGAAGAAGAUCGACUUGCGCAACGAGAAGGUGGCUAAGAACGAGAUUCAACGUAUGAAGAAUAUUGUGCGAGCCAAAAAGAUUGAAAUGCCACGCAGUGGAUAUCUAGGCCCAGAGGCCGCAUCCUCCAAUCAACUGCUUACGGCCGUAACGGUGGCUAAAUCCUCUACCGCAUCAGUCGGAAAAUUCCAGAGCAAACUGCCCAAAGAAAAGGAGGCCCGUGGUCUGGGUGUUAAGGAGCUCAUACCAGGUGGCAAGCGCAAGGCAUCUCAUAUCACAGCACAGCCCGAGCGGGAGGCCAAUUUGGAUCUUAUUAAAAGCGUGCUGAAUAAAAAGCCCAAACUGGAUGUUGAGAAGGCGAUAUCGCUGCAAAAACAAGAUGAGCGGAUGGAGCGUGAAGCGGAUAGCGCGAACAAACCUGCGAAAAAAGGCGGCAAGAAGGGCAAAGGCAGUCGCAAAGCAGUGGGCAAGAAGCCCAAGGGCCAUCAAGGCCAGCGGGCGCCAGGCAAGAAGGGUCAGGCCGGCCGCAAACGUCGCUAAAUCAAAAUUGGGAGCUUUCACUAGGACUUUUUAUUAUAAAACCACACAAUUUACAUGAUAAAUACAAUGAUAAUAUUUAAGCCA